CAGCGCGUAUUAUUUCUGAUAAGACUCACGGAAGACAACCGUAACAGUUUAUCUGUGAGCUCUUCUCCCAGACCCGAUCCUCUGAAAGGACUGUGAACAAGUACUGUGUAUAUACUGCACUAUCAGGUUAGGAACUUUAAAUCAUUAGCCUAAUAAUCUCAUAAAAAUGUAACCCACUCGAGGAAUCGGCGAUAAGCGCAUUUAAUUCCCGUCAGUACCAGCCAGAAACCCGGCGAAAGGAAAGUGGACUUGACCAUUUUAAAGAAGGCAAAAACAUCACGAGACGAUGUGGAGAUGUCUCCUGCUGCUCGUUUCUCUGCUGAUGUCUUUCUGCGGCGGUGUGUGUUUCGUGUGUCCGGAGAUCUGUCGCUGUUCUCAGAAGAGCAUCACCUGUAACAGCGCGACGGAAAGCCUGAAGAGCAGGACUCACAGCAGACUAGUUUUGAACUACAUCUCAGCGAGAACCAUAAGCACUCACAGUUUCGACAGCCUGAAGGGAGUAAAAAGAAUAGAAAUCGCCCAGAGCAUAUCAGUGGAAACCAUAGAGACAGAAGCCUUCAACAACCUUCUGAAUGUCUCAGAGAUCUCAAUCCAGAACACACGAAGCCUUGUUCACAUCCACAAGCGGGCAUUUAACCACCUUCCCAAGCUGAGAUAUCUGAGCAUUUCCAACACCGGCAUAAGUGUAUUCCCUGACCUGACCUCCAUCUUCUCCCUGGAGUCCGAUUUCAUUCUGUAUAUUUGUGAUAAUCUUAACCUGCGUUCAGUCCCACCAAACGCAUUCAUCGGAAUGACGAGUGAAUUCACCACAAUGAAUCUCUUUAACAAUGGAUUGCAAGAAAUAGAAAGCCAUGCCUUCAAUGGAACUAAAAUAGAUAAACUGGUAUUAAAGAAUAACAAAGACCUGCGUGUGAUUCAUGAAGACGCUUUCAAAGAAGCUUUUGGCCCCACCAUGCUGGAUGUGUCAUCCACGGCACUGGAAACGCUGCCCUCUCGUGGUCUGGAGUCGGUGCUGAUGCUGGUGGCUCGUUCGGCGUUCGCUCUGAAGAGACUUCCUCCACUGAAGGGACUGAAGAGCCUGAGAGAAGCGCAGCUCACGUAUCCCAGCCACUGCUGCGUUCUGCUCAGCUGGUACUCCGACAGGGAGGGAUCUGUUAUCACUGCAUUAGGGAAUGGAUCAUCGUACUGUGGUGACAUCUCACCAGCUAAUCCGUCUGACGUCGCAUCUGACGAUUCUCUAACACUGGAUGGUCCUUUUGCAUCAGACAUUGCUGGAUCCACAUCAGCCGAGGACACUUUUGGCAGCAUGGACUUCUAUUACCCAGAGCUGGACCUGUGUCAGCGCCGACCGGCCCUCCAGUGCAGCCCCGAGUCCGACGCUUUCAACCCCUGCGAGGACAUCGCCGGAUUCGGCUUCUUGCGGGUGGCCAUUUGGUUCAUCAACGUCCUGGCCAUCGCCGGCAACCUGACGGUGCUGCUUGUGUUAUUCACCAGCCGCUGCAAACUGACUGUCCCCAAAUUCCUCAUGUGCCACCUGGCCUUCGCUGACCUCUGCAUCGGCGUGUAUCUGCUUAUGAUCGCCACUGUGGAUCUCAGGACACGAGGGCAUUACAGUCAGCACGCUAUCGAGUGGCAAACCGGAGCAGGAUGCGGGAUCGCCGGGUUUCUGUCGGUGUUCGGUGGUGAACUAUCCAUCUAUACGCUGUCUACCAUUACCAUUGAGCGCUGGCACACGAUCACACAUGCUCUCCGUCUGGAACGCCGUCUGGGAUUGAGGCACGCUUUUUCGAUAAUGGUCGUCGGAUGGGUGGUUUGUCUAGGAAUGGCUCUCCUCCCCUUAAUGGGUGUCAGCAGCUACAACAAAGUCAGCAUGUGUUUGCCGAUGGACAUCGAGACGCCUUUAUCCCAAGCUUAUGUUAUACUCCUCCUGAUGUUCAAUGUUGGAGCUUUCCUGGUGAUUUGCGGCUGCUACGUGUGCAUUUACACUGCCGUUCGCAACCCCGAGUUCCCAGGACGCGCCGCCGACGCCAGGAUCGCCAAACGCAUGGCUGUGCUGAUCUUCACCGACUUUCUGUGCAUGGCGCCUAUUUCAUUUUUCGCCAUCUCUGCGGCCUUCAAAGUCCCGCUAAUCACGGUGACCAACUCUAAGAUCCUCCUUGUGCUUUUCUACCCCAUCAACUCGUGCGCAAACCCUUUCCUCUACGCCAUCUUCACCAGGGCCUUCAGAAAGGACGCAUACAUCCUUCUGAGCUCCAUGGGCUGCUGCAAGAGCAAAGCCAACUUGUACCGAAUGAAGAUGUACUGCUCGGAGAACAUCAACCGAAGCAAAAGCAGCUCCGGCUCCAAUGCGAACUCCAAAGCUCCUCGCGCUGUUGUGUGGAUGUCCAGAUUUCCCCAUCUGACACCUCGACCGCAGAUACAAAGAGUCUAGGGAAACAGACAUUCAGACUCAUUUAAUUCCAUUAUUUUCUUGGCGUUCUGCCCUUGAACUUUGUUCAGUCUUAUCUGGUAAGUUGAUAUGCUUUUCAGAGGACAAUGCAACCCAUUUUCACUCUUAUCUCUCAAUGCAUUGACUUCGAAUUCAGAAGACACUUUUGAGAGAGAAUAUGGUGCCCAGAAAGGCUAUUGUUAGUGAGGAAAUGCAUCUAAAAGCAGCAAGCCACAUCAUGUGACAAUUUCUACGUCUAGAUCUAGAGCUUCUAGGUCUUUCUAGAUCUUCUUUUACUGUGAAUUGGGAAGCAUCAGUCAUUUUCAGAAACUCUUCACGUUACAAGAGCAUUUUAGCCUUUUGUUGUCUGAAUUCAACCUGAUUAUUGUUUUACAAAAUUGCUGUAAAAAAGUUAAUUUGCCAGUUUAAGGUCUUUUAAUGUGGAAAAGAGUUUCCUUAUUUAAGUUAUGUAUCUAAGUUAUAACGUAACUAGUUGCUAUUGCUGAUGUUUGAAUUUAAGAACAUAUUCCAGUUUGAUUGUCUGAGCUGUUGUUUUAUACCAUGGAAUAGCGCCACUUUGUGGACAAAUCUAUUGUAUUGAAAACAUUACAAAUGAAGGUCAUUUUUUUUAGUUGCUAUGUAGUAGGCUAUUUGAAGUCUAAUAAAAUUUAAG